AGUGGAACAGAAGAGUUGCUCAGAGCGGCGGUUUGUUUAAAAAAACAAAGAGUUUAUGUGUAUGAUGGACCCGUUGUACAUGGCUUUAAGCUCUUAUCGCAGGCGAAAAUAUGACCAGUGUGCGUCACUUUGCACAGAAUUACUGGAGAAAAAUCCAUACGAUCAGCUGUUUUUAGGCCAUAUGGACACUGAAAAUGAAAGCCUUGACAGAACAAGUGUAUGUGGAUGAUAUAGAAGCUGAAGAGGAGGGCAUGGCGGAUGCUAUACUGGACGAUGAUAUCAUAGCCCAGGUUCCUCGCCCUGGAACUUCGCUCCGCACAUCAUCUCAAGUUCAGCGUGGUGUCAGCCAGGGUCAGAGACCACUGACACAAACUGGUCGUCCACUGAGUGGAGUUGUUCGACCAGGUACUCAGACAAGUCGGCCAGAAACUAUUGAACAGGCUCUGAAAACUCCACGUACUGCACGGACAGCUAGACCAGUGACAUCCCGCUCUGCACGAAGUGUGCGUUUGGGAACAGCAUCCAUGUUGACAGAACCAGGUGGACCCUUCAUACAGAUUUCGAGACUAAAUCUUGGAAAAUACGCUGCUAAUCCUUCCAUCGCUAAACCUCUUUUUGAAUACCUGUUUUACCACGAGAAUGAUGUGAGACAUGCUAUGGAACUUGCUGUGCAGGCAACUGAGGCCUCUUUGUUCAAAGACUGGUGGUGGAAAGUACAACUUGGGAAAUGUUACUUUGUAAUGGGCCUGAUGCGAGAUGCAGAGCAACAGUUUCAUUCAGCUCUGAAGUGGCAACAGACAGUUGAGACAUUUUUGAGGUUGGCAAGGGUUUAUAUUCGUCUGGAUCAGCCUCUGACAGCACUCGAUGUUUGCAAGACAGGACUCGAGUACUUUCCUAAUGAAGUGACACUUACAACAGAAAUAGCCAGGUUGUUUGAGGGCAUGAACAAGAUAACAGUCUCUGUAAAAUAUUAUAAAGACAUUCUGAAGGAAGAUGCCACCCAUGUUGAGGCUAUAGCAUGCAUAGGGAUGCAACACUUUUAUACAGACCAACCAGAGGUAGCUCUUCGAUUUUACAGACGUCUGCUGCAAAUGGGAGUAUACAAUGCAGAGCUUUUCAAUAAUCUUGGACUCUGUUGUUUUUAUGCUCAGCAAUAUGACAUGACACUGACAUGCUUUGAACGAGCUUUAAAUUUAGCAACAGAUGAAGUAAUUGCUGAUAUAUGGUAUAAUAUUGCACAUAUAGCAAUUGGAGUCGGAGACUGUGGGCUGGCUUCUCAGUGCCUGAGACUAUCUCUGAGUGCAGACAGUAACCAUGCACCUGCUUACAACAACCUGGGUGUACUGGAACUCAGGCGGGGUCAUUAUGAGCAAGCUCGAGCAUUCUUCCAGGCUGCUGGCUGCCUUGCACCAUAUCUGUUUGAACCUCAUUACAACCAUGCCUCUCUAGCAGAGAAGAUGGGUGAUCUGCAAACUAGCUACAUUGUUAUACAGAAAGCUCUUGAAGCAUAUCCUUGCCACACAGGCUCUCAAGAACUACUAAACUCACUUCAGCGGCAUUUUGCGUUUAUUUAAAUUUUAUGAAAUUACAUUUCGUAUAGUGGCUCAGUGAGUAAGUGUUCGACUUUAUUCGGAGGUGCAAGGUUCAAUCCUCACUCGGGCAAACAAUAUUUUCUGUUCACGGAAAUUGCAGGCCUGCAGCCAGAUGAUGUUUACUAUACUUCAUGCUAUUUUGACUGGAAACCUGUCAGUAAUCCUCAUGUGAACCAUCAAAGACUGCAAGUGUACAGUCGAAAUAUUGUGGAGUAUAGAAAAUGUCUUUUAACAUUCAAUUCACAGGGAAAAUUUUAAAAUUCACAUCUUUUUUCUUUCACUCACAGCUUCUUUCACCUGUAAAGUUGCACCAUAGUUCUUGGACCACAUUAAAUUGUAAGACCCCAUAUAACUGGCUGCAUAAGUCUGUUUAAAGGCCAAGGAAGGCAAGGGGGUAGCACAUCCAGCCUUGUAAAGCACUAUCAUGUUCAAACCAAUUUUUUAAAAUUUUGCUUGUCAUGUUGUGCUUUCAUCUAGUCAAAAACCUUGGUUUAAUUCAGUGUAUUUCAUGAUACAUCUGCAUAUUCCAUGCUCAUGUUUCUUUCUAAAUAUAGGUAUUAUGGCUGCAUGCUCACAGAAGUUAUACCCAUCACAUCUGCUUUGCAGUGCUAAUUAGGUUCCAGAACUAAACUAGUUUGAUAAAUAAAACACCUAUUUGUGGUGCUGUUAUAAUUUAUAUGUAUUGUUAGUUGAGUUCUAGCUUGCAGAGCCAGAGAGAAUUAGCUAUGCAACAGGAUGCAAGUUUUUAAUGAUUCACAAUACUGCAAAUGAAGUGUCAUAUGGAAGCAAAUGAGUAACUAUCUUAUCAUUGUAACCUUGAUAUGUGCCCUAUAUAUGACAGUUAAAAUUAUUAAUUUAUAAAUACAAUUAAAAUAUUACUAUUCAUCCAGAUCAUUAGAUUUUUUUAUUUAUCUUCAGGCCCUAGUUUUUAUGUGUUAUUGCUCUAUGUUGUGCUGUGAUGACUUGGGUCACCAGCAAAAGAGUAAAUAGUGCUGCAGAUAUGUUUCACCUGCAAUUUCUAAUCCCAUUCUCAUGUGUUUGAGACUGUUUCCUGAGACUCUAUCUACAUACAGUGAAACCCCAUUUUUACACUUUUCAAGGGACUUUAAAAAAAUGGUAUAAAAUGUGGGAAAAUGUAAAAUGUGGGAAAUAACAUUUUGAGUGGCAAAAGUUACUUAUAGAAUCCCCUUUUGCAUUUUUGCACUUAAUGUAUGAUAUAUGUAUGUAGCAGGCAUCAAAAUACUUGUCAGGGACUUGUUUAUUAUCUAAUAAAGUUAUUGCAGCUGGUAACUGUCUGAGAAGUAGAAACAUCUGACUGAAUUUCGUACGUCUUAUUUGAUGUUUUGGAAAGCCUGCAGCUGUUAUUCAUUAUUUAAAAGAAUAACACAGCACCAAUUAUGUAUUUUUUCAUGCUUAGCAGGAGGCAUUUCGAGAAUUUUUUCUUGUUGUCAAGUGCAAAUAUUUACAUACGUUUUUUGUGUGGGGUCUGCGUAAGUGUUGUUCUGCGUUUCUUGCACUGUAGUCGUCUUUUUGAGAUGAUCAGGUACUGUGCCUCCUCAGUUAUGUAGAAAACAACAACAACAACAACCACAACAACAACAAAAAACACACACACACUCUUAUCAUUCACUUUGUUUGUUCGUGAAACAUCACAAAAAAUACAUACAUAACUACUGCACAUGAUGACAACAAUAAAGUCUUGGAACACGUCUUCUUAAUCAUGAAGAUGUAUGUAAUUGGUGCUGUGUUAAAAACGCAAAUUGAGCAAAGGCAUUAACUACAACAACAAGUGGCCAAACGAUGAAAUGCACAAAAUGUGGUUCAAUGAAGGUGUUGCGAAGAGCACAACAAUCAUGAAGCUCCACGUGCGCAGUAGAGACAGUUUGGAAAUGAUUGAUUGGUCAUGUUAUCCUUAUUCGAACUAACCUCGUUACUUCCAUCAGGCACUAUGCCAAGUAGGGCUUGGCAGAGGCAGGAGAUAUGACGUGAAUUGUUCCAACAUUUACCUGUUCACUGGUUCAGAUCCGCUGAGUAGAGUUCCCUGGUGUCAAGGAACUGAACCAGGUACCAUAUGUAAACACUAAUUGAUGGCCAACAUCAUGCCAGUGUCAUUUUAUGCCAGUUUCUUGCCCGCAAACAUUUUCUCGUAAAGCGUAAAUCGCGGGAAAAUUAUGAAUAUGUUAAUGCAAAAUUGGGUGCAAAUUAAUGUUGUGGACAUAUGAAAUUUGACAGUAGCAAUAAAAAAUAUCAUAAAUAGUCGGAAAAUGUUAAUUCUGGGAGCGUAAAAGUGGGGUUAUACUGUAUUUUGAAUAGCAGUUGUGACAUUGGCCAGCCUUGUAGCAGACCUUUGGUUGUACUAAAUUUCUGUGAAAUUAUAUUACCAAUUAUUAUUUAGCAUAUAUUACCUUUGCACAUAUCUUUUACUAUUUUAAUAAAGGGAUCCUAUGUGUCUGCCAUAUGUAAUGCUUUCCAAAGCAGUUUUUGUAGAAAGAUGUCAUAUGUCAUUCCUAAAAUUAAUGCAUUGCUUUUCAAUUUUUCCAAAAUCUGUUAUAAUACAAAAAGAUGGUCUGUACAUGAUCUGUGAACUGUGAAACCAUGUUGUUCUUCUUGGAUCGUAAAAUUAGUUUCCACUGGGUACAGCGAUAAUUUUAUAUGGCCCCAGCUGAUUUCCUAUAUGUACUAUGUUAAUUACCACUCAUUACAACAAUGCAGUAAAUUUAUCAACACCCUGUUAUAACAAAGACAAAAUUUCGAGGAAUUUACAAUUUCCUACUUAUAAGAAGCUCACUAUAGUGGUAAGUAUUGUUUAUUUAGCUACUAGACUUUUGGCGCUUUAUUUCCAGAAGAUUCGCCUCAUACUACAGUACCGUAUUUAUUCUAGCGGUAAAGAGAAUAGCUUACAGCCAUGGGUGAGCUGUACUGAACGGCAAACGUCAAAGAGCUCCUUUGUUUGAACGAGUAUUUAACCCAUUACUGGCCAAAACUCUAUCGGAUCAUUUUUUGCAAACUUUUAUACAUAAAUACGUUACAUUGAG